UUUAAUAUUAAUUGAAUAAAAUAAAAAUUGAAUCAAUGUCUACAUACAAGUAAGAACUCCGUUACGUUGUAAUAACUUUCUGUAGAUUGGUAUCUAUUGAUGACUACAAAGGAACCGGUACAUAAUUGCAUCCCUUAUAAAAAAUUGGUGUAUUUUACUAGUUGUGUAACCCUAGUUGUUAACUGCACUUUUAUGCUUGCUAGAUCCUGAAUUAGGGCCAAAAUUCUAGAAGUAGUUUCUCGCAGAGAUAUUUAAUCAGAAUUGUGGAUAAAAUCAUAGUUCAUGCUUAGUAUUAAAGAAGUCUUAGCAGGAGAUAAUUAAUUUUAGGGGCUAAAAAGGAACAACUCACUCCUAGAAGUAGAGAAGCGCUCAAACGGUUAGGCAUUAAGGUUAAGGAACUCAAAUUUGUUAGUCUGAAGAACUUUAAAUAAGCAGACUGAUGCAGCUGGGGUUCCUCCCAAGAUCCUUCAAAUGAGGUGGGACCAUAUGGAAGAUAAACGAAUUGAGAAAAUUCUCAUGACCAAGAACGAACGCCAAAGAGUCAUUCUAGAUGAAGCAGAGGGGAAUAUUGUCUAUGAUGAGGAUGAAGGGUGCUACCGUAUACCUACUUAUACAAAUCUGAAAAAUCUCAUGCAGAUGCAACGAAUAAAAAGUGCAAACAACCGCAAGAAAUUGACCCUCGAUGGUGACACUGCUGUAAUCAAGAAAGAAAUUCAGAACUUGGAAAAUAUUAAGAGAAAACAACAAAAGGAGUUCGAACAGAAAAUGCAAUAUGAACAGCAAAUGGCUGAGAUCCAAGCCAGAAAUGAGGAAAAGCUCAGGAAAGAAAAACAAAGAGAAGAAAGACGAGCCAGAGAACUUUACAAAUAAACAAAAGGAACAAGAGAGAAAAGCUAAAAAAGACGAAGAACGUAGGCAGCAAGAGCAAGAACAAAGGGAACGUGAGCAGAACUUACUCCAAAUGAAAAUGUACGAACAAGAACAAGAACAAAUGAGAGAAGCCAAGCGUAAAGAAGCUAGAAGGAAGAGGGAAGCCAAGAAAAGAGAGGAAGAAAGAAGGAUAAAGCAGGAGGAAUUUGAAAGACAGACCCAGCAAAUCCAAGAAGAGCAGAUGAAACAAGCAGAGCUCAAACGGAUUAGUAUGGAGGCUAAAGAAGCUGAAAGGAUCAAGAAGCAAGAAAUAGAACGCGCACACAGACAGAUGCUUGGAGAAAAAUAAGAGAAGAGAGAAAGAAGAGAAAAUCGAGCAAGCUAGACGCAACAAUGAAGAACGUUUAGAAAAUCAGCGGAAAUACUAUAAAUCCAAGGAAAGGGAGGCUAAUAAGAAGUUGCGUGAGUUCCAGCUCAAGAGAGAGCUAGAAAACAUCCACCGCAGGAAGAAGGCUGAAGAAAAAGCUAAGCUUAUUGAACAAGUUAUGCACCAGAAUGAGGUCAACGAAGAAAUGAGAAAAAGAGAAAUCGAGAACAAGAUGAAGGCUCAAGAAGAGAAAAAGAUGGAGCAAGAUAGACAAGAACAGAUCAGACUCAAGGAAAAGCAGAAAAUGGAGAUUGAAAAACAGAUUUAUAGAGACCAAACUAGGCGACAGAUGGAAGAACAAGAAGAGAGAAGAAAAGCUAGUAUUAUGAACCAGAUCAUGUCAACUGAGAUGAGAGUAGAUGAGCAUAAGCAAAAAUACCAAGAAGAUAUCAUGGUUAGGAAAGAGUUAGAGAAUAUGAAGAGAAGAGAUAGACAAGAACAAGCUGAAAGGGUUAAAAGACAACAGGAUUAUGAAAGAGAGCUCAUGCUUCAGAAAAUUAAAGCAGAUGAUUUGAAAACACAAAAAGUUAUAGAAGAAAGAAAGAGCUUGUUGGAGAUGAGGACUGAGAUUAAAAUUAAAGCUGAUAGAGAGAAAGAGAAAAUGAUGGAGCAGUUUGAGAGAAGCAAUAAAAAAUCAUCAAAAACUAAACGCGUUAGAACCUCAAAAUCCCAAGCACGCCCUCAUAGAAGAGGUAGAAGCCAGAUGCCAGGCACUCCUCGCAAAUAAGUUGCUUCUUAG